AUGCUCGACCUGAAAUUUCAAUCCGUUCAAAGUAUUUGGACAUCGAAAUGCGGCAUCUUCAACUUCAAUAGAAAUAUUCACAUGGAGAAGAUACACAUUUCUGAUGAUGAUAGAAUUAUAUUUGCAAAAUUGACGAUACCCGCGGAACCAGACCUGUUGCCCAUCUAUGUGCUCAACAUCUAUGCGCCUGCGGAUUCAUCUCAGAACAGAGCCAUUUUCUACAACAGCCUUAUGAACUACAUCCAGUCUCUUGAUUCAUAUGGUGACAUAUUGGAGCGUUUGAUUUUGGCGGGCGAUUUCAACUUUCAAUACGACCUUCGUUUGCCCAACAACGCACCCACCAAACGACCAGCAGCAUUUGUCUUGUUUACGGAUACCUUCCUUCAUGAUUGUAACAACAACUACAGUGACUCCCUCUUUGAAACUCUUCCAACCUUUCGACGGGGCAAGGUCAUUAAAACGCUUGACUACAUCUUGGUGGGCCGCCAGCUGAAGGAACUCUACUUUGACAAUAACGUUGAGCACGUCUCUUCGGUGUGGACUGACCAUGCUUUAUUGACCAUCAAGCUGCGUCUUCACCUCAACAACACGGGCAAAGGGUUAUGGCGGGCCAACCCCAACCUGGUGCACUACAAGUCCUAUGUGAAGAAGAUCCACUCUGGUAUCAGCCACUUCAUGCAGACCAUCCUUGCUAACUCCUCAGAUAGCAAUCAGAUCAAAUGGGACCGUUUGAAGGGCUACAUCCGAAAAUUGACUAAAGCUUACUGCAGUAACCGUGCCUCCUGGAGGAAACAGCGUCUCAAGGAUCUCCAAAGCUCUCGGAAUCAGCUCAUCCGUCGGUUAAAAGGUGAUCAGGAAGCAUUGCAGCAGGAACUCCCCAAGGUUGAGAAACCUAUUGCUCAGUUGGAACAUGAAAUUGCCCUCAAUGCUACUCUCAAAGCGGGUAGACUUUGGCUAGACAACAACGAACACUCGAUCGGCUUCUUGAAGAAGACGGGUGAAAGGCGUCUUGCUCAACGGACAAUGGACACUAUCACUCACCCAACGACAGAAGUUCCCUGUACUACCACUGCGGAUAAGCUGGAGGCGGUUCAUGCUUACUAUGAUGUGCUGUACUCUCCCGAGCCAACUCAUCGUUACUCUAUGGACAAGUUGCUCAGAGGUAUCCAGAAUACAAUUUCCGUGGACGAUGCUGAAUUCAUUAUCUCAUCUAUUGACAUGGAUGAUAUUCUGAAAUCUGCUACCCGUUGCCCCAAGGUCAGUAGCCCAGGCAGAGAUGGACUCCCUUAUCCCAUUCUUCGUCUGAUAUUGGCUCACCCUGACUGCAAGGAUCUCGUGCUUGCUGUAUACAACGACGCUCUCAAUCUCGGUGUGUUCCCACCCUCUUGGCAGGAAACGUGUAUAGUGCUCUUACCUAAGAAGGGUGAUCUGUGGAACUUGGCAAACUGGCGUCCGAUUUCACUUAUCAACACUGAUUGCAAGGUAUUCACUAGGAUCUUGAACUCAAGGGUCAUUGGAGCGGCCAACAAGGUCAUCACUGGACAUCAAGCAGGCUUCAUGCCUACACGAUUUAUUGGUGAUCACGGUCUUGCUCUGCGACUCCUCAUGGAGGACGCCCAAUUACAUUCUAAUCGUGCUGUUGGUGUUGCAAUUGACAGUGCCAAGGCUUACGAUUAUGUAAACGAACAGUAUAUUUGCAAGGUGCUCCAGAAGUUUGGUUUCCCCUCUACAUUCAUUACCAGUGUUCGUAAUCUGUUCUUUAAGACCAAGAUUGCGAUCAAUGUGAAUGGGUUUAUGACGGAUCCAGUGUCUCAAAAGCGUGGGCUUCGCCAGGGCGACUCCAUCUCCCCUGUGCUUUUUAACUUUGCUCUAGAACCUCUUCUGCUGGCUAUUCUAAACGAUGAGAAAAUCAAGGGAUACCCUAUCCACACUGCUGCUGUCAAGUCGUCUUCCCUGCAAUUGGUGGCGCCCGCUCCUGUCAAAUUGCUGGCUUAUGCCGAUGAUCUGCUGGUACUCGUCAAUAAUUGUGCAGAAAUGCAGGCCAUUCAAGACCACAUCUCAUGCUAUGGUCGAGCGUCUAAUGCCCGGGUCAACUAUCACAAGUCCAUCGCCUUCCCUUUGGCUGGAGAUAGGUCCCGCGUGCGUCCUGACUUGUUUCGCCUCUCUAGUCGGCUCCAGUUUCAAUGGUACGACUCGGAUAGUCCAUCUUACAUUAAGUACCUUGGCUAUCCUAUAUGGUUCAGCAAAGUCCAGCGAGAUGACUUCUGUGAAGGAACUAUCCUCAAGCUUCAAGCCUCCCUGGAUAGACAUCGUACAAGAAGCAUUUCUGUCUACGGUCGUGCAAACAUGGUAAAUUCGUUGUUCCUAGCUCGCUUUUGGCACAUGCUGCGUGUCACUACCCUGCCCACCGCUUUUGAGCGAAAGAUCUCUUCCUUGGUGUACCAAUUUGUCUGUCAUAAGAUUGUACCCACCAUGAAGAAAUCCGUCAUAUACCUGCCAAAGCAUGUCGGUGGUCUAGGCGUCAUUGAUAUUAAGGUGCAACAGCACAUCUUGCAACAACGCUAUGUUCGCGCUUUGCUUUUGGAUAAUCAGGUCUCUCGCCCCAUUCCUGCUUUCCUCAUGCAACUGCUAUGCGCGUUCAUACAGGUCACCUACGGGGCUGCCCACCCUCAACUGCCAUUGCUGUUCCGUAACCUGCGUUUUGGAACCUCAUUGCCUCACCAACACUGCUUGCUGCCAAUCCUCCGCUCGGUGGAUGCCUUUGCUGUUGAAGCGUCUUGGUCUGAUUGUGGUUUGUCGGUGGAUACGUUGUUACAGUUGCCUAUGACAGUGCUCUUUGAUCCGGCAACUACCGAUCCCAGUCUUCUGUAUCACAAACAGUUCCGUCAAUUGCCUGCCCGUGUCUUCCUCGAACAAAGUCGUCUCCCUGAGGCCUUGGUGUUCAAAGCAAGAGCUGCCUGCUCCAGCCCCGGCCUUCUCUCUAGAAUGGUCGCGGCCGUACGCUCCAACACCAUCCACUUUGUGUCUUCCCUUUGCCCCAUUCUUCUUGCCAAUCCUGCUGGUCCUGAGCCAUUACUUGUCACCGGUGGAGGUGUUGAUCUGUCGCCCUACUAUUGUCACAAGCUCUCCUACCAAGGUAUUACGAUUCUGUCCAUGUCUAAUACCGAGCUUCGUGCAAUGUACAUGCGCGAUCACCCUCCAAUAACCAACCCUCGGGUAGAUGUAAACCGACUCACCGUGGCCUCUUUUCUUCAAACGAAAAUGCCCAGUGCAGCUCGUAAUCUUUGGUUCCGGUUGAUUCAUAAUAAGGUCUCUUCCAAAGUCAAUGUGUACAAGAUCUUCAAGCUGCCAGAUGAUCUUUGCGUGUAUUGUGGCUACCGUGAGACUACCACUCACAUGCUCUUUACUUGCCCUGCCAAUUGGGACAUUUGGAUAAAUUACUUUGCCCUGCUUUUUGUGCCUCUUGGGCCACUUGAUAUGAGCCAAGUUGCUACGGAUGUCCUCUCCCUGGACCUCUCCUCCUACUGCCUCUUGGAUUCAUCCCUCAAGGUGUCCACGUUUGAAGCCGUAACCUGUGUUAUCACAGCUAUUUGGCGCGCCAAAUGGCGUGAUCAUUAUGAUAGCGUUGGUUUUGACAAUCAGUCCGUAAUGGACCGUGCCAUGACCAACUUGCGUAGAAUAUCCUCUCUUAACUUGUUAAGCUAA